GCCUUUGGCACUGUUCGAAUGAACACAAUACAACCCAGGUUGGCUUGGCUUUCCAAGGCUGCAGGUCGCACGCAGACGAUGGGUCAGCCCUUGAGCCCCUUGUACCGCUGGUACAUCUACGCCAUCCACGGCUACUUCUCGGAGGUGAUGUUCACUGCCACUUGGGCUUUCGUGGUGGACCGGGACUGGAAGUUCCAAGGCGUGAGCAGCAUCUGGGCCUUCUUCAUCUACGGGACGUGUUGUUUUGCCUUGGAGGGUCUCUUCCGGCUCUUGCGGUCCCGCUGCGGCUUGUUUGCCCGCUCCAUCCUCUACACCGUCUGCAUCUACCUUUGGGAGUUCUCCACCGGUUACUUCCUCCGCCUCUUCGAUGCAUGCCCUUGGGACUAUAGCGCCUUUAAGUACAACUUCAUGGGGCUGGUGACACUCGAGUAUUGUCCCUUCUGGUUCUUGGGGUCCCUCAUCCUAGAAAGGUUCCUCAUCCGCCACACGCUCCGACUCCGGCUGGAAGAAUGGCCGACAUCCAAGGAAAGAUCCAUCUCCAGGUUUGAACUGAAAGACAAGUGAAGUGGGAAUGGAGGGACCUCUUCUGUUGCCAAAUCUGGAGCGGAUCUAGGCUUUGAAGUCAAUAUUAGGCUUGCCAAGUCAACUGAGAGCCAUUAACUCUACAAAAGAUGUACUCCUCAUACAGAUGGUUUUGCCAAAUCAACCAUGAGCCAUUAACUUUGCAAAGGACCUAUUCCUCAUAGAGAUGGAUUUGCUAAGUCAAUCAAGAGCCAAUAAUAAUAAUAAUAAUAAUAAUAAUAAUAAUAAUAAUAAUAAUAAUAAUAAUAAUAUGGCAAACAAUAAAGUGUCACCAACCAGAGGCCUAAAAAUAACUGGGCAUAUUACAGCUGGACAACAUCAAGCAUGAACAUGAGAAAACUGUGGUCAGCAAAGAAUACACACAAAGGGUCAGAAAAAUUCUCAAAAGCAAGCUCAAUGGAGGCAACACCAUCAAGGCCAUAAACACCUGGGCCAUACCUGUCAUAAGAUAUACUGCUGGCAUUAUAAACUGGACACAGGCAGAACUGGACAAUUUGGACAAAAAAACAAGAAAACUCAUGACCAUUCAUCAUUCACUGCACCCUCGCAGUGAUGUUGACCGGCUAUAUCUGCCUAGAAGAUCAGGGGGCAGAGGACUCUUGCAAGUCAAACAAGCAGUCAAAGAAGAAGAACAUGCCCUGGCAGAAGAUGUAAAGCAAAGUGAAGAACCUGCUUUGACUGAAGUCAAAAAUCAGAAACUCCUCAAAGCACAGCAGACAAAAAACCAGUACAAGAAAGCCACACUACAAACUAGAGCUGACAGCUGGCACAACAAAACACUGCAUGGAAAGUUCCUUGACAAAAUUGAAGGAAAAGCUGACAAGUAGA